UAUAAUGAAUCUUAUACCUUUUUUAUAUUCUGUGAUAGUAUGAUUGCUGUGAUUAUUGUACUUUGUGAUUGUGUGGUUGCUUUGAGGAUACAAUGUGAUGUGAUCAAUUCCUUGUAUUUCAAUUAAAAGUUUGGUAAUGGAAAAACAGUACUUCUCAGUGUUUUGAGACAAUAAAAGAACAACCAUCAUUCUACAGUGGAUGUAUAUAUGAUGUUUUUAUACAUUCAUCCAUAUGACAGGAAAGAUGUUUAUUUACUAUCAUUUACUAUACAUUUCAUUCAUAAAGUGGUGUUUGUUAUUACCAAUUCUUAUACAACUAUAUAGAAAGAACUGAAAUGAAAUUUUUGGGGGCAACAGGGAUAUAUUCUGCUUCUGCUGUUCAGCAAUGUGCAAUAAGUAGACCUAGUAAAUGGUAGCAUUAAAACAUAGGAUUGCCCUAGAAAAUAUAUACCCUUCGUAUUCUGAGGAAAUGGAAUAGUGAUAUAAAAUAGUUAAUCCCAGUAAACAUGGAAAUGGGGGUACGUGUAUUGCCUAAGAAGCGUAAAUUUGAUCCAUCUGAACUGGAAGAAAAUACUCCUCAGAGUGGUUAUACCCCUGUGUCAGUAGUGCAGUGUUCCAGUAUAAUGUCAGCACCUCAAGCCACUGCUGUGGAUUAUUCUGUUCCCCAACGUUUCACAACUCAAGUGAAUGGAAUAUAUGAACAAAUUAAUACCAAGCAAAAUAUUGUUGAUCUCAGUGAGUGGUGCAAUCAUAGAGUUUUAUCUAGACAAGGCGAUUGGUAUUACCCUGGUGUAAUUCGAGAAGCAAGUGGCUCCAAUAUAUCUGUUGCCUUGGAUGGAAAAGAAGAAAAGCUAAUAAUGUAUGAAAAUGUUUUUGAUAAUGAAUGCUACAAUGUGAUAGGAGAUGCAAGUCCAUCAUUCGACCAAAUAUCUUUAGGAACUCGGGUUUGUGUACGUCACAAUCAAAGCAUGUUUGUUGAGGGUGUAGUUUGCAGUAUCCUAGAAGGACAGCCAGUACGAUUCGUUGUUGCUCUUAUCGGGGAGACAUCUCUUGAAUUGACUGUAAAAAGGGCUGAUUUAAGAUUACUUCGUCCUCCAUGGUGGGAUGAAUUAGAGAAUAUAGAACCACCAAUGGAUAAUCUCAUGCAGCCAACGGCUAUGGAUUACUGUAGAGUUAAUCAAAUUUCUCCCACUCAAUUGCACACACCGGUUUCUGUGAGCACUCCUUUAUCAAAUGGCAGAAAUUAUGAUGAUUUCUGUGAAAGUGAAGACGAACUCAGACAAGAUAACAUUACAUUCAACGCUGAAGUAGAUGCAAAACUUUCUGGUAGUAGUAAGCGUAGCAGUAUGCAUAGUAGAGGUAGUUCUUCAAGUAGUAUUACACCACGAUCUCAACCCACUACACCUCGAAGUCAAGCUGCUACUCCUCAUAAGUAUAAAAAAGGUGAUGUUGUAUCGAAUCCGAAUGGCAUCAGGAAAAAAUUCAACGGUAAACAAUGGAGACGGUUGUGUUCUAAAGAUGGAUGUACUAAAGAGAGUCAACGUAGAGGAUAUUGUUCACGUCAUCUCAAUUUGAAAGGCAAUAGCCUUCGAAGUGGGCAUUUUCCUAGAUCUAAUAGUAAAGGAGAAGGCGAAGAAACUUCCAGAGAUUCAGAGACUUCACCUAAUUGUGGUGAUCGAAGAAUGACUGGACGAUUCGACCAAGAAGAGACUGAAGCUGCUAAUAUGUUGG